AUGCAUGGUCAGGGUCGACAUGAAUACGCGAAUGGAGAUGUGUACGAGGGAAAUUUCGACAACGGAGAACAUCAUGGUUAUGGUGUCCACUUGAGGAAAGACGGAACGAGAUAUGAAGGACAGUGGAAAGAUGGACAGAGAGAGGGAACGGGGACAUUGAUAUGGGGAAGUGGCACGAAGUGGCCAGGUGACAAGUAUGUUAGUUCUUUCGCGAACGGCGAGAUGCAUGGUCAGGGUCGACAUGAAUACGCGAAUGGAGAUGUGUACGAAGGAAAUUAUGUGGAGGGAGAGAGAUCAGUUACGCAAGUGGCGAAAUAUACAUUUCCUGGUAUUGGUUUGGAUGCUGAUUCCAACGGUGAAAACCACAGGUCUCUAGCUGACUCACAAAAAGUUAUGGGCAAAACAUUUUUACGGGGAAAAGCGCGUUUUUAG